AAAUACUUUCAAAGUGUCUUAUUUUGAAGGGACCAGACCCGUGUUCCGGUGUCGCUACGCUUCUGUACCCAGCAGACGCUCGCGCGUGCUUCUGGACCAGUCUGGUAACUGAGCGCCGGAGAGCCGCAGGACGACUCAGGAGCAGCGCAACGAAACAAAACCAGCUCACAGGAUGGACGGAACGAGCGGGAGCUGGAACUAAAGGAAACAUGAAAACCCACCACUAACCACAGAGGAAUUGGUUUCCCACUCACUCGUUACUUUCUUUCCUCUAUGCAUGAGCCAGCUUCGCCCGGGCGUAUGUGCCGGAAUGCUCUACCAUUCCUAGUUGCAGCCAGGCAGACGGGAAGACGACGAUGCGGACUCACCAACGGGGUCGGAGCACAGGCACACAGAUGAGUCACAUAUGAGUGACCCAUGAUGUAAUGAUGUCUGGAAACAAGUCCUUCAGCAGACCAUGAAACUAAGUGAACCAACGAAAGAAAGAAGUUUUUUUUAAGAGUUUUGACUAAUUUUAUUUUUUUUGCUAAUGACUAAACAAUUUUUAGAAACAGGCAGUCAAGCGGCGAUGACCUAACUCAGGACAAAUGACCUCACGCUGAUAAGCCGACCACCUCCUCACUGGGUGAUGGAACAGGAUCGAAAGUGGACUGCUGUGAUUGCUAGUGGAGUGAGUGAGGUCACAUGAUUUUUCUGCAGUUUUGAUGCUUCAUGCUGCAAUGUUGAGGCGUGGACUGCUAACGUGGGUGUCCCGGGUUGGGGGCAUGCUGGUGUUUCUCUGCUGCUCACUAUCACUUCUUUAUCUAAUGACGUGCAGUCCUCCACAUUCCAGCAACACUCCACUGAGUCAUGUGCUUCCGCACGCCGAGUCCAACCACCAGAACCUUGGAGGUGCAGUCCUCGCAGCAGGGCCUGCUGGGACAGGAGGAGCCCAAGCUGCUGCUCAAAGUGGGGGUCCACCAGCGGUUCACACUUACCAGAUGCUGCUCCAAGAGCGUGAGGAGCAGCAUCGCCUCUACAUCUCCUCCUUGAAGAAGCAGAUUGCUCAGCUGAAGGAAGAUUUGCAGGAACGCAGCCAGCAGCUGAAAAGAGUACAAGAGAGUCUGAAAAUAGAUCCUAGAGUGCCAGGAGAUGGCCAGGAAGGAGGUGCUGAAUCACACGGUUUUGGAGAAGUUCAGGGUGUCAAGAGCCAACAGUCUGACCUCCAAGAGUUCCUGAGAGGUCAACUGUUAAAGGCUGAGGUGACGGCUGGCACAAGGUUACCCAGUGAGUAUGCUGUGGUGCCUUUUGAAAGCUUCACCUUGCAGAGGGUGUACCAACUAGAAAUGGGCCUUACACGUCAUCCUGAAGAGAAACCAGUGAGGAAGGACAAGAGAGAUGAGCUGGGAGAGGUGCUGGAGGUGGCUCUGCACAGUCUCAACACCCCCUCAUCUCAGCAGGACAACAGGGAGGUGGUGCAGAAAACUCAGACGAGCAAAGUCUACACCCCUUCUGACUUCCUAGAAGGUAUCACUCGUACGGAGAGGGACAAAGGGACGCUGUACGAGCUGACCUUCAGAGGAGACUCAACUCAUGAAUUCAGGCGCCUGGUCCUCUUCCGUCCCUUCGGACCUCUGUUGAAGGUGAAAAGUGAGAAGAUGGACACGGCGGACGUCCUGAUUAACAUCAUUGUCCCACUGUCCAGGCGAACAGAGAAGUUCAGACAUUUCAUGCAUAACUUCAGGGAAGUGUCUGUGCGUCAGGAUGGCCGGGUACAUCUGACAGUGGUUUAUUUUGGGAAGGAGCAGAUGAGCGAGGUCCGCAGCAUGUUGGAAAACACGUCAAGAGAGGUGAACUUUAAGAACUACACGCUGCUGCAGCUGGACGAGGAGUUUUCUCGGGGACGGGGUCUAGACGUCGGGGCACGGGCCUGGAAGGGAGGCAAUGUGCUGCUUUUCUUCUGCGACGUGGACAUCUACUUCACCACCGAGUUCCUCAACACCUGCAGGCUCAACACACAGCCUGGUAAAAAGGUGUUCUACCCUGUGUUAUUUAGCCAGUACAACCCCACAUUGAUCUAUGGAAGUCCUGAGCACAUCCCACCUGUGGAGCAACAACUGGUGAUCAAAAAGGACACAGGAUUCUGGAGGGACUUUGGUUUCGGGAUGACCUGCCAGUACAGGUCUGACUUCAUUAACAUAGGAGGUUUUGACAUCGACAUCAAAGGCUGGGGCGGUGAAGACGUCCACCUCUACAGAAAGUAUCUCCACAGCAACCUGCUGGUGGUUCGAGCCCCGUCACGCGGCCUGUUCCACUUGUGGCACGAGAAGCACUGUGCUGACGAGCUCCCUCCGGAUCAGUACCGCAUGUGCAUGCAGUCCAAGGCCAUGAACGAAGCCUCGCAUGGCCAGCUGGGCAUGCUCUUCUUCAGGCAUGAGAUUGAAGCUCACCUCCGCAAACAGAACAAAACCCAAAGUAGACUCGGAGACUAUGAACCAGUUUGGUUAUAAUGGCUGAGAGUACUGCUGCCUGUUAAAACAGAAAAGAUGGAUUCUGCCAACUGGACUUCCUGUUUUAGAUAAAGCUUUUUGUAAACGCUUCUCAAGAUAUAAGGUUGAUAUUUAAUUCAUGCUGUUGCUGAAAGCAAGAAUCCACUCAUAUUUUUCAGCUAAUGUCACUGUAAAGAUCCUGUUUCAGGUGUUUUAAAAUAAAACACGUAGUUCUGAACUGUAGGAUUCCUGAUGUGUGUGCCUUAUGUAAAUAAGAGCUGAAAACUCUUCAGAACAAGUUUUCAUGUAAUGAAACGGCACCCACUAGUGGGUUGAGACCAAACAGCAUGCUGUUGAAUAAACAGUGAAGGACUUUAGUAAAACUUUUUACAUAAUUUAUACAUUUGCUUUUUGUGCUUUUAUUUAUGUUUGAUGUUCUCUGUAAAAAUCAUCUUAAAAAAUGUGUGUGUUUUUUUGCAUAAAUGGGCUAAUUAUUGCAACUUGAGAUGAAAAAAUUGCUUAUGGGGAAAAUAAAUUAUUCUAAAUGAAAACAGUUAAUCUAUUUAUUAGGUACUGAAAAUCAGCUUGCCUAUGCAUCUCUGAAGAUCAACAGAUUUUAAAAUAGUUGAGACAGUAAAUAAUUUAUGGAAACAGCUUUUGACGAUGACUUAAAAAGUCAGAACCAGCUCAAUUUUUAACAGAAUUCAAAAUGUGACUCAUAUCCGAUUUAAACAAAUUCAAAGAGUUGCUAUUGUGUGUGCAUUUUCUCCUCCUUUACACUCUUUUCCAGCAUUUGUUUUGUCCGUGAACAGAAUCAGUGUAAUAAUUGUAGGUGGAACAACCUGAGAACACAGUUACUGUAAACCUUUGAUGCUUUUAUUUGACAAGUUUUUUUACUUGAAUUAAAUAAAUAAACAAACACAAAAUUA